AUGUUCCCGGCAAAAUUCAAAACCUCCAAGUUUUGCAAACACCCUAAGGAAAAAGGAAGCGGGCCCGUUAGAUCAUUAUUGCUCGCGUCGAAAACAAUCGCAUCUUUUAAUAGGCCCAACUCGUAUGGUAGGCAUCCGCUUAGUGAGUUGUUGAGAAGGAGAACUUCGGAAAGGCCCGAUAAAGCCCGGGAAAUGCCACGCGGGAUGGGCCCGCCCGCGUCUGGCCCGAAGCUCUCGGGCAGUCGGGUCACGAAGUCGUUGUUGUUGAGGAAGAGGAAGUCGAUCCCCCGCGCAAAGACCUCUGGGGGAACCGAGCCAGUGAACGAGUUGAACCGUAUGUCGAGAUAUGAAAGGCCCAUUCCGAGGAUGGAGAAUGGGAAUGGGCCCGAAAACUUGUUGUUGCUGAUGUCGAGCUCGUAUAGGUAG